UUGUAUUACCCCUCCAUCCUUUCUCAAUUCUACAGUUAGGCUGACAUGUGCAGCCAGGGUAUUUAAAUCUCGUUGCCCUCUUGCAAUUGCUUUCCUUCAGAUCAGCCCUUCUUACAUUUUAUCUUUCUCUCCCAGUCUAAAUCAUUCAAAAUCAGUACCACCAUGUCUUUCCACGAAUCUUGCGACCUCAUUCGUAUCGAAGUCCGUGGCGAUCAUACUGUCCUCCUUGCCGCAGCUAAAAAUGGUGAUGGUGAUGAAACGGUACCCGCGGAGAUAGUACUUGACGAACAGAUUGGUAAUGGUGAUGGUUGGUUCGUUCGUGGGGGCAACAAUUUCACAGAGACCGCUCACGAUAUCGAGUUGGAGUUCCGCGAGGAUGGUCCUUGGUUGACUGCAUUCCUCACCGAAGUCGAUGGAGAGGAUAGAGAGCGCCAGGGCAUUAACUUGGGUGAACACAUUGGGAACAACGGUGGCGAGCUUGUAUGGGCUGUAAGUUAGCGAUGAAGUCUUUCCUGAUUUUGAUAUUGUUGUACUAAUCUGUAAUGCAGUAACUGGAGGAAUAAUCUUACAAGGACACGGUUGCAACACUGGUGCCCGGAUUCUCUGUAACUAACUCUUUUGACUAUGAUUCUCCAAGCCUGAAUGCCAAGAGACUUUAAACUAGUUUAGGGAUUCCUCGAGAAGAAUAUCUUCCAGCAAUAA